CUCUUCGUCCUCGUCGUCCUCGUCCUCUUCCUCUUCGCUAUCGUCCUCAGGCUCAUUGUCACUUUGGUCCUCAUCCUCGUGGUCCUCGUGCUUGUGCUCGUUUCCUGCCAAUUGAUCCGGGUGAUCGGAGUGGGUACUGGACUCGUGAGUGUUUUGCCCGGCGGAUAUCUCCAAGUCGGAACCAUCCUGGCGGGCACCAUCUGUCGCCUCAGUCGCGCCAGGCGCGUCCAUGGCGAGAGCCUUUACCGUACUUGAUAGAGCUAUGCUGAAGUGUCACCGAUGCAAGAAAGCAUGCCCGGAUGUUGGGGUAUGUCGGAGGACCGGUUACUAAGCAGGACCUCUAAGUAGCUAACUAAUUUCAGGUUAGCUCCAGUUACAUCACCAAAUUGAACCCGCUCUUUUACUUCCGCAAAACGGCCGCGAUCCUUUCCAGAUCUUCAACGGCCAAACCGUAUUUGCCAUGGCACUAGAGCUCAGUUAAUUAUUGCCUUAAUUAUUCUAAUCUCUUCUUUGUCAACGUUUCCAUUUCUUUCAAUUGCGUAAAUGUUUGCAAAACCUUUCGUUGGCUCCAUUUGCAAAAGACCCGCAGUGACCAGGCUUGUGAAACAGCCCCGGAGCCAAUAUCUUCAUGCCACAUCACCGUUCAGCCUUCCUCGACGCAAGGACUUCUUCUCGUCCAAUGCGUACCUUGCUCAGAAACAAUCAAAAACCGGAGAUGUGAGCGAGGAGCCGGGGCAAGAAUUCCAGAAGCAACGGAGAAGAGGAGGUAGAUCGCCGGCAGCGCCAACCUCGUUACGGAGAGUCGCGGUUGAGGCACAAAGAUCAAAAGAUGGGUUUCUCUCCAAGGCCAUGCUCAAAGAGCAAGGGCUCUAUCAAACCAAGGUAGUGACGGCGUAUGCGGUGGCCGAACAAUUCAACAUCCGGAAAGUGCGGGAAAUUCUCCAAGAAAAAGGCUAUGAGCCAGAUCCCUUCGAUACUGGCCUAUACCCCCAGGUGGUACAUGUUCAGGUCCCUCUAGAUUCCAUUCGCCGCGUGAGCAACCCGGCCACCACAGACUUGGCUCCCAACGAAGUUGGCGAUAUCUUCGUUUUCCCGUCCGGUACCGUUGUGGCGUGGUCUCUGCCAGAAGGCUUUACAUCUUUCCUCGCAACUAGAACGUUACUCCCUGCAGCCGAAAGACCUCAUCUUGAUAAUUUAGAGACGGAAGAUCUCGAGUAUGUGGAAGAUUCGCAACGAGAUAGCAGCAGCAUAAAGGGCGAUACCAUCAUCCUAGGCACCAAACCAAGCAGCAAUGGAGCAAGCCCGCAGCUUGAUCGACAACCUGUGGACACGGUCCUAACUAAAGUGGCAUUUUCCUCCGGGCUGGCUCGGAGCACAAAAUUGGCAGUGUUGGAAACGCUCCUGUCGAAUUAUUUCGAAUCAACUAGAUCGAUACCUACACUACUGUCACAAGGAUCUCGCCUUCCAUUUACAAGAGAUUUUAUCCUUCGAAAGACGGGGCAGUUAUUGAGCGUACGCGCCCAGUUGAAUCUCUAUUCAGAGCUCACGGACUCCUUGCCGGACCUCUUCUGGGAUAGCCGGCAUGAACUUGGGUUGGAAGGAUACUACGAACAGGUGGGAAGAGCGUUGGAUGUCGGAAUUCGGAUCAAGCUCCUGAAUGAAAAGAUGGAUUAUGCGCAGGAAAUAGCAAGCGUCCUCCGGGAGAGGCUGAGUGAGACACACGGACUUCGGCUUGAAUGGAUCAUCAUCCUCCUCAUCGCAGUGGAAGUCUGCUUUGAGGUUUUGAGAAUGUGGAAAGAGCGAGUCCAUGAGCAAGAAGUGCAAAAAGAAAAGGCUAUAGAUGCGGUGAGGUCUUGAUAGCCUGUAAAUGUGUGUGUAUGUAUAUAUAUAAACGACCUAGUCUUACAUGAUACCCCUCUCAUUCUUUCCGAUGAACUGCAAACUUGAGUUUAUAUAUAUAGAAAAUAAUCUAGUUAUAUGGUUAGGAUCAGCUUUGGUCCGUACUGGUAUAUUGAGACAGAAGUCCUUACAUAUCGAUGCCGGCGCCCAAACACGGCAGGAUAAAGAUGCAAGGGACAUUUGCUAUGUUUGAUGGAUGGUACCAAGUAUAAGAAAAUGGGAAAGAAAAAAGAAACCAUUGAAAGAAGCGCCGGG